ACGUAACGAAUCUUCUGGUAUACCCUUAGUAGCCAUUUUGUUUUCAUCAGGACGGCUGAUCAAGGUAUCCAUCUGUCCGUUCACCCUGGUCAGUGAGGUAUUUGAGCUCUUCACCAUGGAUUCAAAACGGCAUGAAUGCAGCGCCAGGUCACACACAGACUCACCACCUACUCCACCCUCACCUCCCCUGUAUAGUUCAAGUUACACAACGCAUGACAACUACAAAAGCAGAACAUCACGUCGCUCGCCUUCGCCUACAGACUACAGGAGCAGUAAAUCUUCCAGGAAUGAAUCACCACCGGAUAGACGAAGAAGGAAAAGGAGUACUUCCAGACCUUCUCCAAUCCGAUCUCACAGACGAUCUCGUUCGAGUGACAGAGACAAAGAUCGGGAUAGAGAUAGGGAUAGGUCAAGGAAGUAUUCAAGAAGAGACAGGUCAAGAUCUAGAUCAAGGGGAAGAUCUCGUUCAAGAGAUAGAAGACGCAGUCGUAGCAGAAAUAGAAGUAGAGACAGGCACAGAUAUAGAGAAAGCCGUAGACAUCAUAGAGCACCAUCGUAUGAAUCAGAUGCUUUUGAAGAUCAUGCAGAUACGGUUAUAGCACAACAACAGCCUGCUCCACAGCCAAAUGCCUUCAAAAAUGAUGGAAGCUUUAUGGAAAUGUUUAAAAAAAUGCAAGAACAAAUGCAACCUGCACAACAACCAACAACUUCUGUUCUCGAAGAAAAACCAGUAAUACCACCACCCUUGAUGGUUGGGAAGAGGCGAGGAGGAAGAAUCCUAAAAACUGGGAUGGUUGCAAAACCAAAGACUGAGCAAACUGUUGAACAACCCAAGGAUGCAUGGUCGCUUUAUAUGGCAGAGGUGAAAAAAUAUCGUGAAGUUUGUUGUCAGGAAGAGGAUAAUACCAGACCAUUGGUCAAAUAAUUCAUUUUUUUCUCUUCUUUGUCGCCUCAUUAUUCCUAUAACAAAUGUGCUGUGAACGAACAUUAAUUUUUUUUAUUUGACUUUUUAAUGAUUGAAUCAUUAUGUGACAUUCACGAAUAUCGAAUGCUAAUUUAAUGACUUACUUUGCACUUAAGUAAUUUCAAUAUAUUUUUUAAGGGUAUGAGACAUGACUUUUAAAAUGAAAUUAAUUUUUAAUCAAAUCUAUAUAAUAUCUGUAAUAUGCUAAUUUGAAAUUGUAUAUUAAUGCCUUUAUAGAAAAGUAUAUUAUUUAAACAAUAUCCUUAUGUAUGAAAGAGAGAAAGAGACUAUAAAAAAAAUGAAAUUGUGAUAGUGGUAGAUGAGGCAAGAGACAUAUGGCCUAGAGCGAGGGACUGUAUACAAAGUAUAUAGCGAAGGGUUGAAGGGGUGACGUGUAAUAUUUACUGAAAAAUUGCAAUAGAAAUUAAGUAACCUGUAACUUG